AUAAGAACAACUUCUAGAAUUUUUAUAUGAUCGAAAUAAUGUACAGAAAUCAAAUAAGCCUGGAAAGAGUAGAAAGUGUUUAUGGUUGGCAGUAUGGAUAAAGUCGAGGAACCUGUUGUGCCCAUCUCAAAGCACGAUGUCGGCUGGAGACGAGUCAUUCGGAAUUUUACGCCAUCGUACGUAUUUCCCUUUUCAACAGAGACAUAUAUGCUAACAGGGGGUAUAGAUGGUUCUCCGUCAACAUGGGCACAGGAAUAGCGUCCAUCCUCCUCAACACACUCCCAUACAACGGCAAAUGGCUUUAUUACCUUUCUAUCAUCAUCUUCGCGCUCAACGUCCUUCUGUUUGGUAUCUUCUGUAUAAUGACCGCUAUGCGAUACAUUCUAUACCCCAGGAUCUUCACAGCCAUGAUUCGUCAUCCGAUCCAGUCGAUGUUCCUGGGAACAUUCCCCAUGGGGUUUGCAACGAUUAUCAACAUGUUUGUAUUGGUAUGUGUACCGGCCUGGGGUGACUGGACCAAGAACUUUGCUUGGGGGAUAUGGAUUUUUGAUGCUAUUGUUUCGGUUGUUGUUGCAUUGUCAUUACCUGCUCUUCUGAUGAUGCACAUGAAAGAACUAGACCUGUCAGCAAUGACAGCUGUCUGGCUUCUACCUAUCGUCAGCCCUAUCGUCGCCGCUGCCUCGGGUGCUGUGGUGGCUGAUGUGUUAGUCGAUUAUAAUCCGCAGCAUGCCCUCUGGACGGUGAUCGUGAGCUAUGCGCUUUGGGGUAUCGGCGUGCCCAUGGCCUUUAUGGUGACGACGAUAUAUCUGCAGCGACUGACACUGCAUAAGCUUCCCCCCAAGGCGGUUAUUGUCAGUGUAUUUUUGCCUCUGGGGCCAUUGGGGCAGGGUGGAUAUGGAAUUCAAAAACUGGGCAUGCUCAUGCCGACCCUCUUAGAGAAAACGCAUAAUCAUACCCUUCCAGCCGCUGCGGGCGACAUCCUGUACGCAGUCGGAUGGCUGAUUGCCCUAAUUUUGUGGGGGUUUGGUUUGAAUUGGCUCUUUUUCGCACUCACCUCAAUCUUUUAUACACGCAAAUUCCCAUUUAAUAUUGGUUGGUGGGGAUUUACCUUCCCCCUCGGCGUGUUUACGUUGAGUACAUGCCAGAUAGGAAGGGAGUUGGGUUCGAAGUUCUUCCUUGUUCUGGGAACGGUAUUUUCUGUUGCUGUUGUCCUGCUUUGGAUCCUGGUGUCCACACGGACGGUGAUAGGUGCUGUCGAGGGUAAAGUGUUUCACGCGCCUUGUUUGGCUGAUUUGGAAGUUCCAAAGAGAGCAAAGAGAGGCGAUCACGCAGUGUAAUAAUUUUAAUAUUUGUAUAGAGCAUAGAUUGUUAGGAAAAUAUCAUUGACAUGAAGCGUCUUCUACCGU